GAAGAAGAAGGAGAAAUGGCGAUGGCAGGGCACAUCAGAUCAAGUCUUCCUCUCUUGAACAAGCUAUUGAGAUCCGAUUCCACAUCUAUUCAUGGAUCCUCUCUUAAACAAUCGAUUUCCAAUUUCUCUUGCCCUAUUUUAGGAACUAGAUCUGGGUUUCGAGAAAACCCAGAUUUGAGUUGAGAACCUAACAAAUUGGUAAGGAAGGAAGAGAGGAAAAAGAAGGAUGAAGAAAAAGAAAGAAUAAGAAGAAGAAAGAAGAGGGAUCAAUAGGGAAAGGAAAAAGGAACGUUGAUAAAUAAAUGAGGAGACAAAUUGUCGAAGGAUUGAGAGAGGAAAGGAGGAAGAAGAUGAAGUUUUUUUGUUUUCUUUAGGACAGCUAUUACUGCGACUGCUUUUAGUCCCCACACACUUUGAAGCUCAUUCAUGGCUUCUCUGUUCAAUUUUCUCCAUGUCUUUCUUCCCUUUAUCCCACAUUAUAACCGGUUUCCCAGCUCCAUAACUUGUUGACCAUUAUUUGGUUUUCCUGCUUUUCUGGGGACUUUUGUUUGUGGAAGGUGGAGGGAUGAGUGAAGGGGUGUCUCUCAGUUUCAGUGGUGGCCUUGGGAUGUUACUUCUGGAUGUGAUUUUGUUGCUUCUCUGUUUCCAUGAAUGUUUAUCCAUCCCACUAAAUCAGCUCACAGGAUAUAGGUUAACUGGUAGAGAUGGAGAUGCUCUCUUACCUGAGAUUUCCCCAAGUGCAACUCCACAGCCCUUUCUUCCUAUUCUUGCACCAUCUCCAUUGGCACCCUUCACAAACACCACUGUCCCUAAAUUAUCAGGAAUCUGCAUGUUGAACUUCACCACUGCUGAAAAUUUGAUGAGAAUGACUUCAAUAGAUUGCUUUGCUGCUUUUGCCCCAUUGUUGGCAAAUGUAAUAUGUUGUCCACAGCUGUUGGCUACUCUUGUGAUUCUUGUUGGUCAAUCCAGCAAAGAAAGUGGCAUGCUUGCUCUAAAUGCUACCCUUGCUAAGCCUUGCCUGUCAGACAUUGAGCAAGUCUUGGCAGGUCAGGGUGCAAGUGAUAGCCUUAAGCAGAUUUGCUCAAUUCAUCCGGCAAACCUCACUGAAGCAUCUUGCCCUGUGAAAGAUGUUGAUGAGUUUGAGAGCACUGUGGAUUCUUCUAAGCUUCUUUCUGCAUGUGAAAAGAUUGAUCCUGUUAAGGAAUGUUGUGACCAAAUUUGUCAAAAUGCUAUAUCGGAGGCUGCAACAACUAUUGCUCAGAAAACUUCUUCUCUUUUGAGCAUGGAUGGGCCCCAUGUUUUACCUGAGCACUCAACCAGGAUUAAUGACUGUAAAAUAAUUGUCCUUCGGUGGCUGGCGAGUAAACUAGCUCCAUCUCGUGCAAAGGAAGUUCUUAGAGGACUGACCAACUGCAAUGUUAACAAAGUUUGCCCUCUCAUUUUCCCUGACAUGAAGCACGUCACAAAUAACUGUGGUAAAGGGAUAAGUAACCAGACAGCUUGCUGCAAUGCCAUGGAUAGCUAUGUGUCCCACCUGCAAAAGCAGACACUAAUCACCAACUUGCAAGCUCUGGAUUGUGCUACAUCACUAGGAAUCAAGUUACAGAAAUCGAAUAUCACCAGAAAUGUUUACAACCUUUGUCAUUUAAGUCUGAAGGAUUUCUCUCUCCAAGUUGGAAAUGAAGUAUCUGGCUGCCUCCUGCCAAGCUUGCCAUCAGAUGCAACACUUGACAAGUUUACAGGAAUCAGUUUCAUUUGCGAUCUUAAUGAUAAUAUUCCUGCUCCAUGGCCUUCUAUGUCUCAGUUGCCAGCCUCAUCAUGCAAUAGAACUAUCAGAAUUCCAGCCCUCCCUGCAGCAACAUCUGGUCAAAUUGGUGUAUACAAUGAACAUGCAAGGCUUUGUCUGUAUGUUGCCUUGGCAGUAGCUCUCAUGUUGGUUCUGUAGUUCUAGGUGGAGCUUAUCUUGAUCCUUGACUGCAUAUGAUAUCAUUUUGGUACUCCCAAGAACAAGUAGAAUGAGGACAACCAGAUGGAAGCUAUAUCCAGAGAACUUAAAAAUCAUGAUGGAGACCUCACCCUUUAUUCAUCCAAAUUCAAUUUGAGUGGCUUUCCAACCCAAGGUGGAUUCAAGUACAUCUUUCUGAUCAUAUUAAUUUGUAAUUCUUGCUUGCUUGAUGCAAUAAGUAUUAUGUAAAAAAGUAUGGGAUAGAUGAGGUGAGAUAUGUUGUAUUUUCAGUACCUGACUAUUUCUUUGUAAAUUCUUGGCUGUUCUAGAAAUGAAAUGCCCCAUUCCAGGCUACGUUGUUAUGGUAGGGCCAUCAGUGGACAGGGACUGUUGGGGGCUUGUGACUCUAGUCUCCCCUGGGGCCGACAGAUGACGGGUAAUUUAUUAGCGAAAGAUACCCUGCAAAUUGAUUUGACUUUAUCAGCAGCCCUAUAAAUGUUUUUUAUAGCG